AUGAAUUACAUGGACCUGAACAAGGUCCACUAUGUUGCUAAGUGGAAGGGCAUCACCUUUAUGACAAGUAGACAAGGACUUGGUGUUGGAGGUGGAACGCCUUAUGGAUUUGAUGUAGGUCAAUCUGAGAGGGGAUCUGUUCUCAAAGGAUUAGACCUAGGUGUUGAAGGCAUGAAAGUAGGAGGCCAGCGAUUACUAAUUGUUCCUCCUGAGCUAGCAUAUGGAAGUAAAGGAGUCCAGGAAAUCCCUCCAAAUGCAACAAUUGAGGUGACUUGUUUCAAUUUCUUAAGUUUGCUUUCUGGAUGUUAAGAGCAUGUUGGAUGAUAGCUAGAAAUUGAAUGUGACCAU